GUUUAAGUGAUGGGUUUUUUCCGAUUUGGUAAAUGUACUAUUUGCCUUUCUACUUUGCGUUCUGACAACGUUUAUACUUUGAAAAAUUGUAAUCACACAUUCCACCACGAAUGUGUUACUCGUUGGAUUUCUGAAGGGUCAAAAACUUGUCCUACCUGCAGAGUCUCUGCUAUUUUAUCAGAUAUUAAGCAACUUUAUCGAAGAAGGAAGUGA